CAGUGUCUGCCGUGGCACAGGCUGGAGAGUAAGUAGUGUGAGAAUCUGUUUGUGCCACCCAUGACCUAAAUAGUGAUUCUCAACCCUGGCUGUGCUUUAAAAUAUUAAAAGUGCUCAAGCUUGGGUUGCACUCUGAUAAACUGUGAUUUGAUUGAGGUUCCCCACCCUUUUGGUUUUGGAGAGUUUUUCUCCAUAGGUGAUCCAAACGUGUAGUUAGGGUUGGAGACCACUGAACACGACAGUUCUUUCCUUUCCAACCCAUUUGUUUAUUCAUUCACUCAAACGUGAAGGGAAUGUGGUUUCUCGGUUACCAAGGGAGGUAGAAGAAGCCCGAAGAAAACAUUGUUCAGAAGCGGCAGAACCAGACCCCACCCCCAUUUACUCAGCAAGUAUCUACUCAGCACCUACUGUGUGCCACGCCCUGGUUCAAACCCUGGGAUUACAGCACUAAAUAGCAUAACCAGAUCUGGAGUGGACACCAACUCCUUUCUUUUCACCACCCUCCAGAUCCAGUCUGCCUUUGAGAACUCUCCUCUCAGGUCUCUUAUGCAACAGUGUCCCAGGUGCUUGGCAAAGGGCCUGGUACAUAGUUUUGGGUUCUUAACAUAUAUACUGAAUGCUCGUUCCACGUCAGGCCUUGUGGGCCAGGCGUCGGGGAUUUGACUGUGACCAAGGGAGAUCCAGUCACUGCCUUCACAGAUCUUGCAGUGUGUGUGCGUGCGUGCGCGCGUGUGUGUGUGUGUGUGUUUUCUUUCUGCAUGGAAGGGGGUGACAGAAGAUUGCUCGAGGUGGCCAGGACAGCUGGCCAACUCAUGUCUUCUGGAAAUAACAUACAGGUAUACAUAGAGUCCCCAAACCCUUGAUGCCCUUCUGGAGACAAAAAAGUAUAUACAGGAAUCCCAGAAGACCUCAUCCUGUCUCCACCACUUACUAUCAUAUCAGUCAAGGGACUUAUUCUCCCGGAGCCUCAAUUUCAUUCUCCAGAAACUGGGAUAAUAAACCUCUUUCCAGAGUUGUUGCAACAAGUUUAUGGAGAUAAAUUCAUACAGUGGUCAAUAAAUGCUGAAUAAAUGAACGCGGGGUAACAAGAGCAGGGUAGUUGUGAAGAUUCAAUGAGAUAAUCAGCCAACAUGACUGAUAAAGUAGGCUUUCAGUAAAGAAGGUGGGGGUAAUUGGCCAGGACAGAUAGCUAGAAUUUUUUCUUUGGGGUAAGAAGAAUGCAUUUCACCAUUUUAAAGGUGAUGUGAUUAAAACAAACUAUGGAGCUAUUGUGUUUGGGUUCCAAUACUGACUGCUGCUUCUAGCUGUGUGAUCUUAGACAAAUUACUUUACCUGUCUGUGCUUCAGUUUCUUCAUGGGUAAAACAUAUCAUAGUACCUACCUCAAGCCUGCCUGUGAGUUUUAACUAAAAAUUGAUAGAUGUAAAGCGCUUAGAACAGUCCCUGGCAUGUAAGGGCUAUAUUGAGCAUUAAGGUUCUCUUCUUCCGCCUUCCGCACCGCCCACAGCAGGGGCCACCACCUCCCAUCUUCAGGGCCUUAAUCAGCUGGCGGCAGUCACCUCGGCCCUGAAAAGGACCAGGCAGGAGCGCGCAGGCGCAUUGAGGCAAAGUCUGGUGGGACGCCCAAGGGGCCCGGCUGGCAGCCAUCUUGGUAAAGGGCAGCGUCGGCAGCUUCUCUACGUAAUCAGUCUGCGCGACCGGCCGGCGCCCGGCGGUCCAUGGCGUAGAGCGGGCAGCCGCGGCGGCUACGGGGACCAGUGUUUGAGGGGCGUGAUGGGGGAGGCGGCCGUGGCCGCGGGGCCUUGCCCGCUGCGCGAGGACAGCUUCACACGCUUCUCGUCUCAGAGCAAUGUGUACGGGCUGGCGGGCGGCGCGGGCGGGCGCGGGGAGCUGCUGGCCGCCACCCUUAAAGGCAAGGUGCUAGGCUUCCGCUACCAAGACCUCCGACAGAAAAUCCGGCCCGUGGCCAAGGAGCUGCAGUUCAAUUACAUUCCCGUGGACGCAGAGAUUGUCUCCAUCGACACCUUCAACAAGUCACCCCCAAAGCAGGGCCUGGUGGUGGGGAUCACGUUCAUCAAGGAUUCAGGGGACAAGGGCAGCCCCUUCCUUAACAUCUACUGUGACUAUGAGCCUGGCUCUGAGUACAACCUGGACUCCAUUGCCCAGAGCUGCCUGAACCUGGAGCUCCAGUUCACUCCUUUCCAACUGUGCCAUGCAGAGGUCCAGGUCGGGGAUCAACUGGAGACCGUGUUUCUCCUGAGUGGGAAUGACCCGGCCAUUCAUCUCUACAAGGAGAACGAGGGGCUGCAUCAGUUUGAAGAACAGCCCGUGGAAAACCUCUUCCCAGAGCUCACGAACCUGACCAGUAGUGUCCUCUGGCUUGACGUGCACAACCUGCCUGGCACGUCCCGGCGACUCUCGGCUCUCGGCUGUCAGAGCGGUUAUGUCCGUGUCGCCCACGUAGACCAGCAGAGUCGAGAGGUUCUGCAGACUUGGACGGUCCUGCAGGACGGCCCCAUCUCCCGAGUGAUCGUGUUCAGCCUCUCGGCCCCCGAGGAGACCGAGGAGAGGCCACGGCGGGAGGAGUACAGCGUGCUGGUGGCCAGCAUGUUGGAACCAGCGGUGGUGUAUCGGGACCUGCUGAGCCGGGGCCUCGAGGACCAGCUUCUCCUGCCUGGCAGCGACCAGUUUGACAGCGUCCUCUGUGGCCUGGUCACCGACAUCGAUUUGGAUGGGCGGCCGGAGGUCCUGGUGGCCACCUACGGACAGGAGCUGCUCUGUUACAAGUACUGCAGCCCAGAGCGCGGGCUCCCCGGGGCCCAGCGUCGCUUCCGCUUGCUAUGGCAGCGGAGCUUCUCUAGCCCCCUGCUGGCCAUGGCGCACGUGGACCUGACCGGUGACGGGCUGCGUGAGCUUGCUGUGGUCUCCCUGAAGGGCGUGCACAUCCUGCAGCACAGCCUGAUCCAGGCCUCGGAGCUGGUUCUGACCCGGCUUCGGCACCGAGUGGAGCAGAGGAGACGUCAGCCACAGAGGCUGGGGGACAGGGUGGGUGCCGGGCCUGCUGAGACCCCGGCCUCCUGAGCGCCCACCCGCUGCCCACCCCAGGCCUGCCACAGUUCCUUGGGGCGCCCGCCUCCAGCUCUUCAUGGCCCGGGAAGCAUCCUGAAGGAGGCACUGGUCUCCCCAGACACCCCAGGGUGGCGGAGCGGUGGGUCCUGCUCUGGCUCCGCCCCAGCGUGCCCUGUGACCCCCACUCCCCUCUCUGUGCCUCAGUGUCCCCACUUGAAGAUGGGAUGAUCCCACCCCACCCCGCCUCUAUCCCCUUGAGACUCUGUCAGUGGUGAUUAUUUCUGUGUCCAGAGGAACCAAACU